UGGUAAAUCAAAAUAGAAAUUCCCCUGAGACUUGGUGGAUGAAUCUGUUUUUAUAUAUAAAAAAAUGCCAAACCAAACUUUCUUUUUGAAGCAAACAUAUUAGUUAAAAUAUUAUAGUUAGUACAUAUUAUUAAAAUUCUACCAGUAAAUAUUUAGAAAUGGCAACAUCAUUGGAGGUAGCAGACAUUGCAAUUGUUGGACUUUAUUUUAUCCUUGUGCUGGGCAUUGGAUUCUUUGCCAUGUGGAAGGCCAACCACAGCAGUGUAAGUGGUUACUUUCUGGCUGGUCGAACUAUGAACUGGGUCUUGAUUGGCGCUUCACUGUUCGUCAGCAACAUUGGCAGCGAGCACUUUAUUGGCCUAGCUGGCUCGGGAGCAGCAAGUGGUUUUGCUGUAGGCGCUUGGGAGUUCAACGCCAUCCUUCUCCUUCAGCUUCUGGGCUGGGUGUUCAUUCCAGUUUAUAUCCACUGUGGGGUGUACACAAUGCCAGAAUACCUUUCAAAGCGCUUUGGGGGAAAACGGCUUAAGGUUUACUUUGCUUGUCUUUCCCUUUUACUCUACAUCUUCACCAAACUGUCAGUUGACUUGUAUGCAGGAGCUCUUUUCAUCCAGGAGUCCUUAGGCUGGAAUCUCUAUCUUUCAAUCAUCCUGCUCAUUUCCAUGACAGCACUGCUGACAGUAACAGGUGGCCUGGUUGCGGUGAUCUACACUGACACUAUUCAGGCCAUACUUAUGAUCAGCGGAGCUUUGAGCCUUACAGCCAUCGGCCUGAUCAAGGUGGGUGGACUAGAUGGUUUAAGAGAGAAAUACAUGGAGGCUGUUCCAAAUGUCACAGCUAUUCUUGCCAGGUACAACUAUAGUUUUGAGUACACCAAUUCCUGUCGCAUCCACCCAAAGUCAAAUUCCCUCAAGCUCCUACGAGGACCCCUUGAUGAGGACGUCCCCUGGCCUGGGUUCCUGUUAGGCCAGACUCCAGCCUCCAUCUGGUACUGGUGUGCUGACCAGGUCAUAGUACAAAGGGUACUUGCAGCUAAGAACAUUGCCCAUGCAAAGGGCUCAACCCUAAUGGCAGGCAUACUGAAAAUUCUUCCUAUGUUCAUCAUCGUUAUUCCAGGAAUGAUCUCCAGAAUAAUGUUUGCAGAUGAGCUGGCAUGUAUCGGGCCUGAGCACUGCAUGGCAGUGUGCCACAACCAGGCUGGCUGCUCUAACAUUGCCUACCCUCGACUGGUCAUGAGCAUUAUGCCAGUGGGUCUGCGUGGACUGAUGAUGGCUGUUAUGAUUGCUGCCCUCAUGAGUGACUUGGACUCUAUCUUCAACAGUGCCAGCACCAUCUUCACCUUGGACAUCUACAAGUUAGUGCGCAAGUGUGCCUCCUCGAGAGAGCUGGUUUUCGUAGGCCGAGUGUUCGUGAUCGUCAUGGUAGGCAUCAGCAUUGCCUGGGUGCCAGUUAUCAUUAAGAUGCAAGGUGGCCAAAUGUACUUGUACAUCCAAGAAAUUGCAGGAUAUCUUACACCACCUAUUGCUGCUCUCUUUCUGCUUGGCAUCUUCUGGAAGCGUUGUAACGAGACAGGUGCCUUUUGGGGUGGCAUGACUGGCUUUGUUCUGGGUACCACACGUCUUAUCUUUGGUUUUGUCUAUCGUGAGCCCCGCUGCGAUCAGCCAGAUGAACGACCUGCCUUUAUCACACGUGUCCACUAUAUGUAUGUAGCCGCUGGACUCUUCUGGAUCUCCGGCCUGGUAGCAGUGGUCAUCAGUCUUUGUACUCCUCCUCCAAGCAAGGACAAGAUUGUGCGCACCACAAUGUGGGGAUUACGCAAUAUGGAAAAGUUGCCUCUGACUGAUCGGAAAGAGAUCUACAAGUUGGCCAAUAAAAGUUCUGCCUACUGUAAUGGAGGUGGCACCUGCAAGAAAAACCUGCCUGUAGAUGUUCAAAAAGAACAAGGUCUUGAUGGAGCUGAUCUUAAACUCCUCAUGCCUUGCCCUAGUGACCAGGAUCCUACAACACCCAGUACAGAGGCACCAACCCCAGUGGAGACAUACAGUAAUGGGCGUGCAGAGUUGUCAGGACAAAAGAAUGAAGACAAACACAAGUGGGGGCCUUUCUGGUGCCUAUUUGAUUGGUUUUAUAACCAUAAGGAAGAAACAGUCACAUCAACACAAAAAGUGAUUGAAGAAAAUAAACGUGUCAUUCAGGAAAUGCUUUAUGAGCCCCCUAAAAUCAAGCUUUUGCUAAACUUUUGGCUGGUAAUAGUCUGUUCUGUGGGUGUCCUCAUGUUUGUCUACUUCUCCCUGUAACAUGUUGAUAUUCUCACUGUAAGCUGUCUGGAUUCUCAAAAAAAAAAAACCAAAAACAUGAUUUUCUUUAUAGUCUUUCUAACAUGGACCUUCUGUAUAUUCUGAAAAAAAGAUGUUUGUUCCAUUGUCUUCAAAUCAAAUCACAAAUUGUGUGAAAACAAAUUGUCAAAUUGAAUAUACCACAACCAAAGGCACUACUGAUACAGUUGACCUACAUAUAUUUAAAAUCUGUGAAUUCUACCUUAUUUAUUGUAAGCCCUUUCUUAUCAAAGCAUCAAAUAUGGGGUGGUGGUCUAGUAUAUGCAUAUAUAUUCGUUGUUUUUCCAUUGCAAUGUGUAAUAUCAUCCACAACUCUACAAAAGUAGUGAAUUUGCCACUGAUAUUGUCUAGUUAGUUAAAAUGCUGAACCAUUAGUAAAUGUUAGAACAUUUGAAUUUGAAUUAAAGACCAUUUUUUUAGAUUUAGGCCAUAUAGGGAAAGCAUAAAUAGGGAAGCACAUGUUUAUGUACAAUUAUGCUUUUCAGUGCUGUUGUAAGUGUUCUGAAAUCUGCCUAAACAUAACUCUCUAAAUGCUAGUGAGUAUUCAGUCACUGUAUCUCAAUUUCGCUUCUUUUAAUAAGAGUAAUGUUUAGUGCACAAAUGUUCACCAAUAAGCCUUCUUUUUAAGUAGAAAUCCCCAAUUUGGGGAUUUGAUGAAAUUAUGGUGAAUAAUUAAUAAACUUUCACCACUGAAACAUAAACUAUAUAAGCACAGCUAGUUUUCCUGGGGAUGUCACAUGACUGACCACCACAGGAAAACACCAGCUAGAAACAUCUGCUUAAAUCAUAGUGAAGUUUCAAUUUGAGUACAUGUGAAAGCAUAUCACUUAUCCCAUGUCAGGUCCACUAAGCUUGGGAUGUCCAAUUUUGAUUGCUGUGCAAAAUAUUUAGUUCUUCUAAAGGAAGAAUUUCAUUUUGUGGUUGUUGUGAGAACAGACAUUGCCUUUUAUACUGAUAUUGAAUACACUGUUUAGUAUAAGUGCAAAUUAGUGGUUGUUUUUAGGGUAAUAUGAAGGUUUAUUUACCAAAACUGACUUUUGAUUUCAGUAAUUGGCAUUAUAUUGCCAGUUAAAGCUUUGCAGAUUUUGCUCUUCAUGAAUGUGUUGAAUCAAGUUUCAGAACCUGGAAGGAUAUUUAGAAUAUUAUUGUGUAGAUAAAUGAUAAAUAUCAUGCCAUACCUUGAUCCUAAGAAUGAGUAGGCUUAAAAAUUAUGUUAUGAAUCCUUGUUUUGGCAAUCCCAAUUAGUUAAUGAAUUAAAUGUAAGAUCUGCUAUGUUAUCUAACACUGACACAUAUCUAGAAAUAAUCUGGAUUAGUUACAAUUUGGGAUUAUUCUUAGUGUUGUGGUCCAGCAGAAAUAAGUUAUGUGAAUGAAUGACAAAAUAAAAAACAAAUCCUUGGA